GUACGAUCAUGCCUUGUGAAACAAAGCAUCCAGUCACCAUCACCAUCAGCCAUUCAACGACACCUCAACUCAACUUGCCCCACGACCGCUCAGGCCGCGACCCACCUCCAGACACCGCUUGAUACGUCCAUUCACUCCCUCAUAUCCGACCGACGCUACCGCGGACAACAACGUACAAAACGCCAUUAUGUCGGAAACAAUAUCCUCCUCAAUGCACAUCUCGCCCCCGUCGACGGCAUCCUCGCACUCCCACCCGAAGCCUGGUGUUGUAUACUCGACAAAAGGCGAAUUUGACAUCCGAGAACACUAUUUCAAGCUCCUCUCCCAAGACCCGUCGAAAUCUAUGCCCAUCGCCGCAAUAGAAUCACUAUCGGCGCUCUGUGAUGCCACAAAAGCCGGUACCAUCCACGAGUUGAUGUCGGCAAUCGGUGACGGCGCCGACGCGCUCAAGAAGUCGAUUCCAAACGCGAUCUCUCUCACCGCUGGCUGCGACCUGUUCAAGCGCUUCAUCAUUGCGCACGCUCAUGAUGACCCUAAGGAUUUCGAGGCGUUUAAGCAGCAGCUUCAGGCGAAUGGACAUCUGUUUGCGCAGCGCGCAAGGGAGGCGCGAAUCAAGGUUGCCGAGUGUGGAGUUAAAGCUAUCAAGGACGGUAUUACGGUAUUCUUGCACGGGCACUCGCGAUGUGUGAUCGCAAUGCUCCAGAAAGCGGCGGAACAGAAUAUUAGAUUCAACGCUAUCGUCACCGAGACUCGGCCCAGCCUUCUCGGUCUCAGGACGGCGAAGGAGCUUCGCGCUCGAGGGAUCCCUGUUGCGGUGGUCGACGAUAAUGCCAUGGGUUAUGCACUCAAGAAAUCGACGAUGGUGAUCAUUGGAGCGGAGGGUGUUUUCGGAGACGGCAGCGUCCUCAACAUUUUGGGAUCAUACCAGCUUGCCCUCGUUGCAAAGACCUACAACCGUCCGGUAUAUGUUGCUACGGAGACACACAAGUUCGUCGAUAUAUUCCCAUUGGACCAGUUCAACAUGCCCGUGGAGCAAAACAUCAUCGACUUCGAUCCACCGCAAGGCGUUGAGGGUGCCACACCGCAAGAUCAGCAAGAAUUCGUCGACCAUGUUCCCAGACACCUCAUCAAGGGGCUCAUCACUGAAGCCGGACUUCUUACCCCCCAACAAGUGUCGGACAAAGUUGUCGCAAUGAGGUUUGAAUAGUACUUCAAGGGACACCGUGAUUUGGCGUUUUUUUUUUGAGAUCGCGUUAACCCUAUUUAGGGGGGACGGGGUUGUUCUUUGGUGGAGAUUGGGUUGGAAGAAAAGCCGUUACAUAGAGGCGUUUUUGUUGUCUCUUUGAUUUUGAUGUCUUCGUUCGGUUCAGUUUGGGUUAUGUAUGAGUGAAUAAUCAUUGACGCUAGUCCCAACCUG